AUGGAGUGUGGGGGUGACUCUGUUCUAGGGUUUUGGUUAUUGUAUACGGUAAAAUCAGAGGAGCCGAUUUCAUGGUCAUUACGGUGCUCCAUAGAUACGCCUCCUAAGGCUCGAGGCAAGGCUCGAGAUGCAAUCUCGAAGGGUUCCCAAACGCUCGAUCUGUUAGAUCAAAUUUCCAGUUUAUAUAAGGUUAAAAAAUGGUUAGAAGUUCCUGGUAAUGCAGUAGCUGAAGCUUCAGAAGUCCCUGGAUUGAUUUCUGAGUUCAAAUUUGUUUAUUCAAGCUAUUUUUGGUUGUUUAUUGGUGCUCUGCUGUGUGCUGCUGCUUUAGCUGAUUUCCUCUUUUCUCUCAUUUUGUCCAAAUUCCAGGAGAUUCAGAAUUUCAGUAGAUCUUCAUUUGUAACUGAAAACUGGACUGUUUGGGACUGCCAGACCAUGAAGAACUCUGGUCCAGCCUUUGGUCGAUUUUGGUUCAUGGCUGAUCUCCGGUCAUCUGUGGCAUUCCUCCGGCCAGCUAUGACCGUCGACCGGCUGAAAGCCAAGGCUAUACUUCGAAGUCCUGCUUACUUCUCUUUACCGCACUUUGCUUCUCUGACUGUGCUACAACCAGCAGGCAGGCCUGAUUCGUGCUUCCUAACUGAGUCAUUAAAUAUUUUUGAAACAGGAAUUAAAGUAGUAGAUCUUUUAGCCCCUUAUCGCCGUGGAGGAAAAAUCGGACUAUUCGGGGGAGCUGGAGUGGGUAAAACAGUACUUAUUAUGGAAUUGAUUAACAAUAUUGCUAAAGCUCACGGGGGCGUAUCCGUAUUUGGCGGAGUGGGUGAACGUACUCGGGAAGGAAAUGAUCUUUACAUGGAAAUGAAAGAAUCUGGAGUGAUUAAUGAAGAAAAUAUUGCAGAAUCAAAAGUGGCCCUAGUUUACGGUCAGAUGAAUGAACCGCCGGGAGCUCGUAUGAGAGUUGGUUUGACUGCCCUAACUAUGGCGGAAUAUUUCCGAGAUGUUAAUGAACAAGACGUACUUCUAUUUAUUGACAAUAUCUUCCGUUUCGUCCAAGCAGGAUCCGAAGUAUCGGCCUUAUUGGGUAGAAUGCCUUCCGCUGUGGGUUAUCAACCCACCCUGAGUACCGAAAUGGGUUCUUUACAAGAAAGAAUUACUUCUACCAAAGAAGGGUCCAUAACCUCUAUUCAAGCAGUUUAUGUACCCGCAGACGAUUUGACCGACCCUGCUCCUGCUACGACAUUUGCACAUUUAGAUGCUACUACCGUACUAUCAAGAGGAUUGGCUGCCAAAGGUAUUUAUCCAGCAGUAGAUCCUUUAGAUUCAACGUCAACCAUGCUUCAACCUCGGAUCGUUGGUGAGGAACAUUACGAAACCGCCCAAAGAGUUAAGCAAACUUUACAACGUUACAAAGAACUUCAGGACAUUAUAGCUAUCCUUGGAUUGGACGAAUUAUCCGAAGAGGAUCGUUUACUCGUAGCAAGAGCGCGAAAAAUUGAGCGUUUCUUAUCACAACCCUUUUUCGUAGCAGAAGUAUUUACCGGUUCUCCAGGGAAAUAUGUUGGUCUAGCAGAAACAAUUCGAGGAUUUCAAUUGAUCCUUUCCGGAGAAUUAGAUGGUCUUCCUGAACAGGCCUUUUAUUUGGUAGGUAAUAUCGAUGAAGCUACCGCGAAGGCUAUGAACUUAGAAAUGGAGAGCAAUUUGAAGAAAUGACCUUAAAUCUUAGUGUACUGACCCCUAAUCGAAUUGUUUGGGAUUCAGAAGUGGAAGAAAUUGUUUUAUCUACUAAUAGCGGUCAAA